AUUUUAUAAUAAUUUUAGAUAGGUAUCUGUUUUCUCUAAUGUCAUUAAGUUAUAAGAAUAACUAAUAAGUAUAAACUUACGACUCAAAAAUUAAAUAUCAAUAUCAGAAUUACAAUACUCGUAAAAUUAUGUUAAAAUAUUGUUAAUUAAAAAUUAAUGAGUAUAUUUUAAUAUCAAAUGGCUUACACGGAAAAGGUGUCGCUCAAUGGCACUGCUCUCUCGUUUUUAUUAUACGAAUGUAUGAAUUCAGUGAACAGUCAGGAGGGCUUCCUCAUAGGUGAUGUGACUUCUCAGAUUACUAACCAUAUAUCUGACUCUCAAAACGACAAUGCCAGACUGGACACUCAAAUAGUGAUAAGAACUGUUCUACCUUUACCUUCGGUAUCAUUAUUUUAUUUACCUACCGGAACAAUAAAAGAAGAUGUGCUCUCUGAACUAUUGUCCAAUGUAGCAACCGAAGUUGUGGGAUGGUACAAAUACAGAAAAAAUAGUAGCAUUAAACCUACUUUCCGGGACAAGUUAAUAUCGAAGGGAUUGCAGAAAUACUUUGAAAAGUAUCAUGGACGAAAAACAUUUGUUUCUUGCAAUUUAUCUAUUAAAACAUCAUCGAUCAGCUCAACACAUACAGUAAUAUAUCGAUUCGGUAAAAUUAACUGUUUUGAUAUGUACGAACAUGUUGAAGAUGUUACAGCAAAUUUGGGUGAAAAACUUGCAGGCUAUAAAAAACCUACUAAAGUGUCUCCACAUUGCAUAUUCCAUAAAAUUGUCAAAGAGAGUAAUGUUCAGAGUAGUAAUGCAAUAUUGGUUAUACAAGAGGCAAUUGAUGUGAGACUUAUUAAAGAAGCAAAAAUUGCUGCUAAAAAUGAAUGCACCAUCAGAGAACUUGAGGCGGAAAUAAAACAAAUGAGUAACAUUUUAGCUGAUAAACAAGUUGUUGACCUAGAAGGUGCAUACAAUAAAAUACUGAAUGAAAAAUUUGUAAACAGAGAUGUUGAGAUGGCCCAAGCUUGUGUCGAGGCAUUAAAGACACCUGCGACUGUUGAUAUUCUCAGCAUUCCAAAUGUUAUUUUAAAUAGGAAAAGUACCAUUACAUCAGAUAGUGCCAAUUCUGAAGUUCAAGUUGAAAUUAAAAGUAGAGGCAUUAGCCCAGAGUUAACACCUUCAAGUUCAACAAAACCUCAAACGUUAAAUUAUGCAGCUGUGCUCAAGAAAAGUACAGAUUCUGCUUCUACUAGUGCAAGUGCUCCAAAAGAUAAUAAAACCAAAAACUAUGAUGAAGAUUUAAUAAGUUUUGAUGUUGAAGAGAAACAUAAUCAAAAACCCAUCGUUAUCAGUGAUAAUCUCAGUGUCGGUGGUAGCUCACCCGAGUAUUAGGAGUGCCUUAAUUUUGAUUAACUAUAAAGUUACCAUAAAUGUUUUUAAUAUCAGUUUUUGUUAUUGACCAAUCACUAACAUUAUCUUAAAUCAACAUGUUUUUAAAUAUUUCUAAGAGUUGCUGUACAGUUCAUUGUUUUAAAAUGUCUGAACAUUUUAUUAAGUAUUUAAUAUAUGUUUUCUAUUUACAAUUUGUUUAAUCACUAUAUGUCAUCUAAUAUUUCAGAAGCUAAGGUAUAUAGUUAAUCUCUUAUCCUUACAUAAAUUAAUCUGUGACAUUGAGAACUACUUCAUUUUUAUUGUAAUGUGUAUAAAUAAGCUGAUUGUGAAGUCAUCAUGUAAAU